AUGAGCGCUACCGCAACUAUCACUAGUCCGCCUGAGAUUACGGCGGACAAUGUCGCCACUCUCUUCCCCGAGGUCGAUACAUCUCUGGCCCGCGAGAUCCUCCCCACUAGCCAAACGAACACCGCACGCGGGAAUGAGCUGGAGGGCUACGAUGAGGAACAGGUCCGUCUGAUGGAGGAGGUUUGCAUUGUUUUGGACAACAACGACCGACCGAUUGGAAGCGCCAGCAAGAAGAUCUGCCAUUUGAUGACCAACAUUGACAAGGGUCUUCUUCACCGCGCCUUCUCGGUCUUUCUUUUCGAUUCCAAUAAGCGCCUGCUGCUUCAGCAGCGCGCCACCGAGAAGAUUACCUUCCCCGACAUGUGGACCAACACUUGCUGCUCACAUCCCCUUGGAAUUCCCGGUGAGACCGGCUCUGAGCUGGAUGCUGCUGUCAUGGGUGUGAAGCGUGCCGCUCAGCGCAAGCUGAACCACGAGUUGGGCAUUAAGGCAGAGCAAGUCCCCUUGGACAAGUUUGAGUUCUUCACCAGAAUCCACUACAAGGCCCCCAGUGAUGGAAAAUGGGGUGAGCAUGAGGUGGAUUAUAUCCUCUUCAUCCAGGCUGAUGUCGACCUGGAACCCAGCCUCAACGAGGUCCGAGACACCACCUACGUUUCGGCCGAUGAGCUUAAGGCAAUGUUCGAGCAGCCCGGAUUGAAAUUCACUCCUUGGUUCAAGCUCAUCUGCAACUCGAUGUUGUUCGAGUGGUGGAGCCACCUUGGUACCCCUGCUUUGGAACAAUACAAGAACGAGCAGGAGAUCCGUCGGAUGUGA